AUCACGAAGCACCUGAAAGCACAACACGACUCAGCCAUCCAUAUAGCCACCAAACAUACUCCCCACGUCAACUGCAUCUCCUAAACUGCCACAAUGUCCGGAUCAGCGCAAGGAAGCAACGAGAUGAAGAAAGCCGUGGCCAACGACUCCAAGAACGGCGAGCAACCACUAGCGCCUGAGAAGAAGCCCACCGCACAGCUAGAGGAAGACGACGAAUUCGAAGACUUUCCUAUAGAGGACUGGGCAGAAGAGGAGACACAGAUCCCCAACGGCAACACACAUCUGUGGGAAGAGAGCUGGGAUGACGAUGACACAAACGACGACUUUGCCGUACAGCUGAGGGAGGAGCUUAAGAAGCUAGGCAAAUGAGCAAUACCCCCGAGCAGUCGACACGAACAAGAAGCGAUUACAUUUCGGAUGACGGCACGACAACAAAGCUAGAACAGUACGAGGCGAUCAGUAGUGCAGGACUGAGGAGUUGCCCUCACCAAUGCCCUCCAAGCAUCACAUGCAUUGAGCUACACGAUGGAAAUGCGGUUUCUUUGUAUUGAACCGGAAAGGGCUAUAGCUACACAAUCACAACUUCGAAGAUAUACCUUCCAUAAUCUUGAGCAGUUGUUCACUUCGCCAAGCGAGUGAUUUACUUACUUGACAGGGCAGACACACCAGGCAGAUCCUUACCUUCAAGCAACUCAAGCGACGCACCACCACCUGUAGAAACGUGAGACAGCUUGUCUUCUACACCAUAUUUGGCCGCAACAGUGGCUGUGUCACCACCACCGAUGAUGACAAUCUUGCCGCUCUGCGCAGCUUCGACAGCAGCAUCAAGCAUCUCCUUGGUACCCUUGGCAAACUUGUCGAACUCGAACACACCGGCGGGACCGUUCCAGAGAAUAGUCUGUGCCUCACCGAUGGCCUCUUUGUAUAACUUGAUUGACUUUUCACCGCAGUCGAGGCCCAUCCAGCCAUCUGGAAUACCGUCCUUGUCUUCAGCGUAACCGGUCUUGGCAUCCUUGUCAAACUUAUCGGCGGUGAUGUAGUCGACGGGCAGAACAAUCUUGACGUUGUUCUUCUUGGCCUUCUCAACAAGGUCC